AUGUCAAACCCAGAUACUGAGGCUAGAAUGCUUCUUGCUCUUCAAGCCCUUCAGAAUGACCCAGAAUUAAGUCUCCGACGCGCCGCGGCCAUCUACCAGGUCCACUACUGGACUUUGUAUCGCCGACGGAAGGGCAUCCUGUCCACGCGUGAUUCCAUCCCGAAAUCACGCAAACUAUCUGAUCUAGAGGAGCAGAUCAUAGUUCAGUUUAUUCUUGACCUAGAUUCGAGAGGCUUUCCCCCGCGACUGCGUUGUGUGGAAGAAAUGGCUAAUAGACUGCUCGCCGACCGCGAUGCGUCACCCGUCGGCAAGCGAUGGGCUUCUAACUUUGUGAGGCGUCACAAAGAGCUCAAGACACGUUUUUUUCGUAAGUAUGACUACCAGAGAGCUAAAUGCGAAGAUCCGGCCGUGAUUCGCAACUGGUUCAGGCUCGUAGCGAAUGUAAUCGCAAAGUAUGGCAUCCGGUCAGAUGAAAUCUACAACUUUGAUGAGACCGGCUUUAUGAUGGGAGUCAUUGCGAGCGGAAUGGUCGUCACCGGUGCUGAGAAGCGCGGAAGACCAAAAUCAGUGCAGCGUGGAAAUCGUGAAUGGAUUACAGCUACCCUAGCAAUUAAUGCUGAGGGCCAAACGAUCCCACCAUUCAUCAUAGGUGCGGGCCAGUAUCACCUCGCCAACUGGUACGAAGGGAGUAACCUCCCAGGCGAUUGGGCUAUCGCAACGUCUCCAAACGGAUGGACCGAUAACGAAAUAGGCCUGGAAUGGCUCAAGCACUUCGAUAGGUGUACUACUAAGCAUUCAAAGAAUCGCUACCGUCUUCUGAUCCUGGAUGGGCAUGAAAGUCACCACUCGGUUGACUUUGAGAGAUAUUGCAAGGCGAAUAAGAUCAUCACGCUUUGUAUGCCACCUCAUUCUUCUCAUCUGCUACAGCCUCUCGAUUUGGUGUGCUUCAGCCUGCUCAAGAAGGCUUAUGUGCCAGAAAUAGAGCAUCUGAUCCGAUGCUCUGUGACCCACGUUUCCAAGACCGAGUUCUUUCCGGCGUUUCACGCCGCAUUUCGAGCCAUAAUGACGGAGAAAAAUAUCAAGGCAGCUUUCAGAGGAGCUGGUCUUGUUCCUUUCGACCCAGAAAAUGUGGUUUCAAAGCUUGACGUGCAGCUACGGACACCGACGCCUGCAGAGGAGGCAGCUAGCCCUUCGACCCCUUGCAAUGGCUGGACCAUCGAGAAUCGGUUGUGA